AAGGAAAGGCAGACAACAAGAAGGAAACGAAGGACGCAUACUAGCAAGGAAGUGUUCGCUGCUUGGGAUAUAUUUGACCGUAUAGCAAUGGAUAACUUGAUUUAAAACUGACGAGAAUGGCAAAAAAGAUAACGGCGAAGAUCAAGAUGACAUGGAAGAAGUCAAAGCUGAGGACAAUACUGAUGAUGAUGAUGAUGAUGAUGAUGACAAAACUGAGGACAAGGAUGGUGAUGAUGACAUGGAAGAAGUCAAAGCUGAGGACAAGGAUGAUGAUGAUGAUGAUGAUGAUGAUGACAAAACUGAGGACAAGGAUGAUGAUGAUGACAAAGCUGACGUCGAGGAUGAAUGCAAUACAGGCGACGAGAACGAUGACGAUGAUGGCGAUGAAGAUGAAUGUGACAAGCAUGUGGAUAUCAACCCGUGUAUUUCUACUUUGAUUUGUGAAGAAACUUCCGUUUUACUAUAUCGGAUCUUACGACAAUAUAUCAAGGAUAUCAUAGCUAUGGUUAUUUGGACCCAGAGAUACCUUAUUACUGGCGAUGAUAAUGAACAAAAUGACAGUGAUGAUGAAGAAAAUGAUAGUAGCAACGACAAUACUGAUGAUGAAGUAAUAGAAGAUGACAUUACUGACGACGAAGCAAUAAAAGAUGAAAAUACUGAUGGCGAAGCAACAAUAGAAGAUACCAAAGUAAUAUCAUUUUCAUCAUCUUCAAAACGUAAAUCAACAUCCACUUCAAAACAACCUAGAAAAAAGAAAAAAGUGACGAAAGUGAAUUCAUAAGAUGCACAUCUCCAAGAUUCUAUCAACCUAUUUUGGUCAUAAAAAUGGCAAGUUUGAUAGGGAUACCUUGGAUCUGAUUACAGAAGGGAUGGUGGAGGCGAAUAUUAACAACGACAGUGACAAUGAUGACAGCUCUGAUGAAG